CGGCAUCACCAGGAAAAAGAAGGAGAUCAGCAGCCCAGUGAAUUGCCUGUCCUUGAUGAGAAAGACAAAUCACAGGAAAAUUCUGACCAUGUGCCAUUGCCCUCCCCUUCGCAGCAGGAAGCAGGAACAAGACACACCCUGACGACCGAUCCAUUUCAAUCGAUCUUGAAGGUUCUAGCAGACCUCGAGCGCGACGAUCCCAAGUUCGCCUUUCCAGCAGCUCGACUUGUUGGACUCUAUCGACGCCUAUGGGAGUCGUGCGUAUCCAAGCACAUUGAUGGCCAGAAGCUAGGGCAGGAAAACAUGGUCUUGAAGGAGGCUGAUACGAACCUGAGACAAAAGAGGGACGAUCUUCAGGCUCGUCACGACAAGCAGCUAGUCCGGCUGCGCUUUUUUGAGCAGGCAUUGGAUUUAUCCAGGGAGAGGCUGGUUGGCGUACUCGAUGACUGGAAUCCCUCCUCGAGACUCAAUCUGGCAGGAUUGUCGGACAAUGCAAGAGAAAGGUGA